CUUAGUUCUGAAUGCAUUAUUGGGGUAGAGAAUACUUGCAUUUCAUAUACAUUCCUUGUCACCUUACUGAUAUUUCAAAAUAUAUUCUUACAUUGGACCAAAACAAAUGGAAUUCUUAUGCUACCUAUUUGGAUCAGGUGCAGAUUAAAGGAGCUGAUGAAGCUGUGGCAGAGGAAAAUGCUGCUCUUGGCUACUGUCCUCAAGAGAAUGCGCUCUGGUCCAAUCUGACCAUGAAAGAACAUUUGGAGAUUUUUGCAGCCAUAAAAGGGAUCAGGAAGGACAAUGCUACGAUGGCCAUUAAUCGAAUAUCUCAAGCUCUACAACUCCAAGGGCAUUUUAAAAAGACAAUAAAGACUUUAGCAGCUGGAUUAACUAGAAAACUGUGCUUUGCUCUGAGCAUAUUGGGUAAUCCCACUCUGAUGCUUUUGGAUGAACCAACCACAAGCCUGGAUCCAAAAGGGAAGCGCCUAGUGUGGAGAGCAAUUCGCACUAUGCUGCAGGAGAAGGAAGAAGGAGUCAUUUUGACAACUCACCACAUGGAGGAAGCAGAGGUGUUGUGCGACCGAGUAGCUAUCAUGGUGUCUGGACAGCUUAGGUGCCUUGGUUCAAUUCAGUACUUGAAAAGCAAAUUUGGGAAAAAUUACUUGCUACAAAUAAAAGUAAAGGGAGUAGAACAAGGAGAUCUUGUGAAUACUCAGGUUCUAAAGAUUUUCCCACAAGCAGCACGUCAAGAAAGGAUAUCCACUUUGUUGGCCUAUAAGAUCCCAAUGGAAGAUGCCCUACCUCUCUCUAGAGCCUUUGCCAUGCUGGAAGAAGCUAAACAGCACUUCAGUCUUGAAGAGUACAGCUUUUCUUUGAACACUUUGGAACAGGUAUUCCUGGAACUGUGCAAAGAACAUGAGCGAGAUUAUUUUGAAUCGGGUCCAACUUCUGAAUGGAGAGAACUGUAGCAUCAACAAGAUAGUUGAAAGACUGAUCAACAACCAAGGCAAACACCAGUUUCUUCCACCAGGAAAAAUAGAGGGCAACUAGGUUGAGCACUCUGAGGAAUGUUGUGCCUGGACAUCCCCUGGGAAAAGAUAUUCUGUAAUCUUCUCUAUGUUUAACAAGUAUGCCUAGUUGUCUGUUAGAAAGAUUAACCCUCAUAUUUAUCGUAUCUAGAAAUAUAACAUUUUUGAAUAUUUCACAACUAAUAGGAAAACAAAUGCUUCUGCACUAUUUUGCUUUCAUGAGAAAAAUGAAAUGGAAAUAUAUAUUUUUAAUAUAUGUAUUGUUUAUAGCCUAGCACACAAACACGUAUAGAUGGUAUUUUUUAUCAGAAUAUGUUAAUAUUUUUAAUUUAAAUAACAAGUCAAUGUAUAUCUAGUGUGUAUUGGGUGGAUAAUAAACACCCAUACUCUAAAUACUUAUGUAUUGUUACCAUCCUCAUUUACCAUAUUAAUAAAUAGUAAUACAGCUGACCCAAGUAACUAUUGUACCGGGAGCCAUUAAAUAUCAUCACAAA